AGGAAUUGCAUGCAGCCAGCGUUCUUUAGGAAGAAAAGUUCAAUACUGGCAGGCAGUCGGCGGCAGCUUCACGUCACUCAGUUGUUUGGCAACAGCAGUACUGGUCGGCAACUGUGACUGAGUGACUUACAUCUUUUGGACCACGUGAUAUCCUACAUGAAUAAUGAACACCAACUGAAGACGUUGUCUGCCUAGGGAGGAUACAUUUCUUCAGAGGUUCCCCGUUGUGAGAAACCACUAUAUAGCCUGAGAGAAGAACAUCAUGGAGACACCCUUCACCACCCAGCAGACCUACAUUGAUGAGUUUAACCCAGUAGAUUACUACAAUACAUACUAUGCUCCAGGAGAAGGAACUCUUACUGGAGAAUGGACAGACUUUGUAUUGCGGAAUCUUCAUGAAACCUUUUCUCCAGGUUGUGUAGAAGGCGACACUUUGAUUGAUUUUGGCUCUGGACCAACCAUCUACCAAGUCCUUACUGCUUGUGAAGUCUUUAAGAACAUAAUCCUCUCUGAUUUUCUUGAACAAAACCGAGCUGAACUUCAGAAAUGGCUGAGGAAAGAUCCCAAUGCUUUAGAUUGGACCCAUAUUAUCAAACAUGUGUGUGAGUUUGAAGGGAACAGGGAGAAUUAUGAAGAGAAAGCUGAGAAGCUCCGCAGUAAGGUGAAACAGGUCCUGAAAUGUGAUGCACUGAAAAGUAACCCUUAUGAUCCUAUUGUUCUGCCUCCCGCUGAUUGUCUCCUCACCUGCCUUUGCCUUGAAGUCCCUUGUGAGGACAUAGAAACAUUUUGCAAUGUUCUGAAAAAUUUCCAAAACUUACUUAAACCUGGGGGACACUUAUUGGUUUUGAGUAUGCUAAAUGCCACCUUUUACUAUGUUGGUAAAAAACGGUUUUCUUGCUUGUACUUAACAAAAGAUGACCUGGAGAUGGCUUUUAUAAAGGCUGGUUAUGAAAUAAAGAAAAUGGUAGUUUCUCCUUGGACUGAUAAGUCAAGGGCGGAUAUUUCUGACCAUGACAGUCCGUAUUUUGUCCAUGCCUGUAAACCAAAGUAAUGGGAAGCCAGUCAUAAUUCACUUUGGAAACAAAUUGAAAAAUCUAUAUAGUGUGUUUGCAUUGCCCUUUUUUUACAAUCAUUCAUCUCUUUUUUCACAGAUCUUCACUUUAUAUUCAUGCACUUAAAUGUUUGGCCACAUACAAUAUAACUAUGUGGUUCUUGCUCUAAAGCUUCAUUUGCCAAUAAUAAUUAAUAUUGCUGGAUAGUUGAACCCAAAUUUGUACAUUAUUAAUGAUAUAUUGUAAUACCAAAUUAAAGCAUCUUGGGGUUGUAUUCAAAUGAUAGUGUAUAUCAUGCCCAAUCUCCUUUCUAAAGUGAUCCCCAUUAUGGUGCAUAUUGCGCAUAUAGUAAUCAGGGUUAGCUGCAUAAAGGGUUGGGUGCCUCACUACCCCGGGGGUUGCGAGCUGAAAUUAUGAUACCACGCCCCACAUCAGAAAUAGCAUGGGUUUGGAAGGGGGUGAAUAGAAUCGAAUACCGCCCUUGGUGUCUAACUUGCUGUCUUAUCAAACAUAAAUUUAAGUCAAACUGCAAUAAAAUUAUAACUAUAGACUAUAAUUAGAACAUAUUUAAAACAGAAACACAUCCAGUAAAAAAGGCAAUAAUUAACUAGUUAUUGUGCUUGCUGAUUUAUAAACUAUAUUUCACUAAAAACAGUCUUUAUAUCUUUGCAAUUGGUUGCCCAUUGUAACUUAUGGGAUGUUAUGCUAUUAUCUGUAAUAUUAUAUUCUAUCUGUGUUAUCUGCAUAAAUAAU